UUCUUUCGCAUCCAGAUCAGUUCUCGCUCGAGACGCUCCUUCUUGCUCUCGCUUAAACAGACGGCAGAGACUAACCCCCAUAAACAGCUCUCUCGACGCAGCCUCCUCUAUUCCAGGACUCGCUGGAUACAUAGCUGUAGUGUGGGAAAACCAAUUAGCAGAAUGGGCAACGGCAGUUCUCGUCUGCAACCAACCUCCAAGCAGCUAACGAUAGACCAAAUAUGCCUGAAAGACGCCACCGACAGCAUCACACUCCACUUCCCGUCCACCCCCGACAACACAAGCACCGUGCAGGUCUCCGCCCAACAAACCCCCAAGGGAACUUUCAAGCUCGCCUCCCUCAUCGAUGACCCGGACCCCGCCAAUCCUACACAAUGGAAAUCCGUGCAGUCUCUCGCGCGGCUCAGCGCCGCGGGGAUAAACCGGUUGAAGGGACGGGAUCUGACGCUGACGAUCGAUUAUAGUGAUGUGUUGGAGGCGGAUGUGACGUUCAGGAUAGCGGGCGAGGCGCCGAGGGGUUUGGUGUUUUUGAAUGCUGAAAGUGCAGCGGAGAGACAACAUCUGAUGAGUAGAGCCAACGAGCUGGCCUCGGGGGCUCCAUCACCAAGCGUCAUCUUCCCUGAGCUACGACCUCGCGACGACGCAAAGGAUGGGGUCCAGUACCUGGACUGGCACUGGAGGUACGAGGCGCCGCUGACUUCGGGGAAAGGCGACGUCAAGAGCGAGCUGCUACCGCCGACGGGCGGGUGGAAGAACUUCUGUUGUAUAGGGGAAUGUGUGCCUGAUACCAAGCAUUUCCGCGCAUUGCUCGUCUUUGAGUUUUUCAUUUCUUCAGUCACAGCCCCUUUCCUACGGCAAAGCAGCCAAGGCUCCACCAUGACCAUCGACUCGGCAUUCCACCGGCGUCCAUCAUCAGCAGGCCUGUUCGACAACUCCCCACUCUCCGCCCCCGGACAAGAACACGAACCUGGGUCCGGCGUGUCCCCACUCUCCGCACAAUCCUCAUUCUCGUCCCCCGUCAUCCUCAGCCCCUCCCUGCCAGCGCACCACCACCACCCCCAGAACGGCGCACCACCCACCGCGACGGCAGUGACCCUCCAACAGCACCGCCGCGAACUCUCCAGCACCUCCGCCGGCUCAAUGACAAACCUGGAAGAGGUCGAUGAUGAGCCCGCAUUCCGACACACCCUCGAAACGCUCGAGAAAAAGACGAGCGCGCUUAAACUCGCCGUCAAGAAAACGAGGAAGGAUCUUUUGGGAUACAUGGACGCCGGCCGCGCGUUCGUGCAGACGGGCAAUGAACUCAUCGAGGGAAUCGGGCAUAUCACCAUCGUCGAUCCCACGGUGGUCAACGUCCUCAACGACGUGUCCUCCGUCGUUGAGCGGCAGAUGGACGUUAUGCUCCAGCAGGUCGAGAACCUCCUCCUCGUGCAGUUCGACGCGGUUUACGAUCGGAUAAAAGAGACCGAGCGGCAAAAAAAGAUCUUUGAACAGGACCUCAAAGAAUUCAAUUCAUCCGAACACAAAUACCUCUCCAUCAACAAAACGCAAAAAGGCAAACUCUCCGACGUGGACAUGAAAUGGCAGGAAAAGAAGAAAACGUAUGAGUUGAAACGGCUGGAUUAUUACUGUCACCUUAAAGAUCUGCACGGCCUGCACACGGGGCGGAUCGUCGACAUGCAGUUGAUCAUGCUCGGCGAGAAGCAGCUCACGUUUUAUAAAUCCAUUUCGGAGAAACUCGCCAAGAAAUCCGACGAGCUCUCAACGCUUUCCGAGAAAUGGAAAGUCAACGAUCGUCCAAAUGAAGAACGCCGGGAACGUGAGGAGCGCAGGAAAUUGAUCGAGUCCAAAGCGCAGUCCUAUGUGGAGGGCGGGGUCGGGUUCGACGCGGCGUUGAGCGAUCAGGAGGAUGAGGCCACGGCAAAAUUCAAAGGGAUCAGGGAUCUGAGCCAGACUAAUGACCCAGAGUUGGCGCUGAUGGGGAGGCGAAGGAAAGGGUACCUAUGGGUCGGGAACGCGGGGGACCACCGACUUCCCCAUGGACAACCAAAAGGCGGGCCCGGCGGCCAGCUCAAGAAGAUGUGGUGUGUACUGCAAAAAGGUCACCUGAAAGAAUACAACCUGAAACGCAACCACCCCGAAGAAACGCACUCCACCAACCUCCGUCUCUGCUCCAUCCGCUCCUCCACCAACGUCGACCGCCGGUUCUCGUUUGAGCUUAUCAAUGGCGCGACGGGAACGCGGCGGCUGUACCAGGCUACCGAUGCGGAGGAUAUGAAGGCGUGGAUGGCGGUGUUGCAAAAUAGUAUACAGGCGCAGAUUACGGGGAUUAGGAGUGAGAUUGAGAAUUUUGCGCCCGAUCAUGUGGUGGCUCCGGGGGAGCAGGGGUUGUUGGAGGUUAUGAGGGAGGCGGAUCCGGGGAAUUCUGUGUGCGCCGAAUGCGGAAUGCAAAAUCCGGAAUGGAUGAGCAUCAAUCUAGGCUGUGUCAUUUGUCUAGAAUGCUCCGGCGUACAUCGGAAUCUGGGUACACACAUCACAAAGAUCCGCUCCCUAACCCUCGAUCAAACCUCUUGGACCCCCGAACUCAUCGCCGUCCUCAAAACCAUCGGAAACACCCGCUUCAACUCCAUCUGGGAAGCCAGCCUCUCCCCUCCCCCCACCCAAUCCACCCCAUCAUCCCCGGUAUCACAACCAAACGACACGAAACCAACACCAAAAGACCCCCGCGACGUCAAAGAAGCCUUCAUCCGCAACAAAUACAUUCUGCGGAAAUACGUCGAUCGGACAAUAACCGAAGACGCGUACGAGUUGCUGGAUAGGGGGAUAGACACCCGGGAUGUGCUGGUGAUGCUUAAAGCGGUGGCGUGUGGCGCGAAUGUCGCUAAUGUGCCGAAUGAGGGUGCGGUGGUGGUGAGGGCCUUGGGAUAUCCAGCCGCGCCGGCGCCGCCGCCGCCCCCGAGGGAGAGUUCGAUACCUGUGGGCGGGCGGAAUGUAAGCGGUGGGAAUCAACCUGUACCGGUGCAGAUACCACCGAUAAGUAUAUCGCAGCCGUCGUCGGAUAACAUGGUCCCGAUACCCGCAAGCCCGACCAAAUCCACUACACCAUCAGGAUCGUCAGUCGCAGCCCGCUUCAAAGCAGCGGAAUUCCUCAUCCAAAACGGCGCCGAUAUCAACGCUAUCAACCAUUUCCUCUCGCCGGCCGCUGUACAGGAUCCAACACCUUUAUCAACAGACAAAAGUGUCGAAGCCGGAGGUAGUGGGGUCGAUACGACGACCCUGGUGGGCAAAGCGGCGAUCCACUACGCGGCGAUGUUCAGGGAUGUGGAGGCGGUGGCCUUUUUGGUGCGGAAGGGGUGUGAUGUGUUUAUGAAGGACGCACAAAACAAGCUGCCGAUAGACCUCAUCAACGCCAACAGCGUACCCUCCACCGACCCCACACCCUGGGCGACCACAAGCUCAUCGUCAUCGACUACCACCGGGACAACGAUCACAACAACACAACAACAGCCGAACGCAAAUCUCGCGGCGCUAGCCGCGGAAUUGGACGCGGCGCAGAUGUGUGAGACGAAGAUUAGGGCAGCGAUGGAGAAGGGGAGGGGGUAGCGUGACUAAGGAGGAGGGCGUGGAAGAUGGGGUUCUCGAUCCGCACACCUGGACCUUUCAUUGAGUGGGUCGCACAUGGAAGCUCGGCUAUGUGGCCCGCUCCCUCUGUUGUAUCAUAUGAUUUUUGGAACUGUUUAUGUUAUUAGAGUCCUUUAUCGAUGACGGUCAUUGGUACGAGUUUUCCGCGGUGGGCUUCCUUGAAGGGCAGGCCCUGUCUCGUACGCUCGGGCUUCAGUGCGUUGCGACUCCGUCUCGUCGACAGGGCUAGGAACGCGUUACAAGCUUGUCGGCAGGGCAGACCUGACCC